AUGUGCAAAAAUCUAAACUCAGUUAGUCUCUGUUUUGCUGACGAUCUUGUGUUGUUCUGUAAAGGGAAUGUUCACUCUGUCCAAAUUCUUCAUGAUGGUUUUUCUCAGUUUAGUGGUGCUUCGGGUUUAUCUAUGAAUUUGGCCAAAUCUCAUAUUUAUUUUGGUGGUUUGACAGCUGAAACUAAGAAGGAUAUUCUGGACUGUCUUAACAUUGAAGAGGGAUCUUUUCCUUUGAAGUAUCUCGGUAUUCCUCUCCGUCCUACCAAAUGGAAGGCUAGUGACUGUGGGAUCAUCAUCAAAAAGAUACAUCUUCGGUUGCAUUCUUGGGCUAGUCGUCAUCUUUCAUUUGUGGGUCGAGCUCAGCUCAUUCACUCUGUUUUACUGGGUGUUAGGUCCUAUUGGAUGAGUAUUUUCUUACUUCCCCAAAGUGUCUCUCUUGAGAUUGAUAGGCUUUGUCGGAACUUUCUCUGGGGUUCGAAAGGUAAUCGAAGUAAAAUGCAUUUUACAGCUUGGGAUCUUGUUUGUUUACCGAAAAGCUUAGGAGGCAUUGGGUUCAAGGAAGGAUCGAAAUGGAAUAAAGUUUUAUUGGCCAAAUAUAUUUGGGCGUUAUCUUUUAAACAAGAUUUGCUUUGGGUAAAAUGGGUUAAUAACAUCUAUCUCAAAGGUAUGGAUUUUUGGGAGUACAACCUAAUGGUUGAUGUGAGCUGGUAUUGGAGGAAGUUGGUGCAUCUGAGAUCCUUUCUGCCCAGAGGUACUUUGGAGGCUGUGACUUUAGGUAGGAAGAUACAGUUGAACAAUCUAUUUUGCAUAAGAUCGCUGACUAGUUGGGUAUUGCUAUAUGGCUUUCCAAAUUCUGUGAAUGGAUUGCUUGGAUGGAUGGGAGGCCUAAAGGCCUAUUUUAGCGAAUCUUGGCAGCUACACUUGUUGAUGCUGUCUAUUUCAUAUGGCUGA